AUGUAAGGUAGAAAAAACACAGCAUGGAAGAAUCGUGGGAUUUUGAAUUCUUGUCCCGUAUGGUUGAUAGUCUGGUUUCCUUUCUGUCCGAAUUUGUGGACGAUUGGCUGGCCAACGACAUGAGAGUUACCGUGUUUAAAAUCCUGUUCAGCUGGCUUGUCAUCAGUCUCGUUUCUAUCCACUUUGCAUGGAAAGUGUACGGGAACACCGUCAACGAUAUGUACUACCGACAGGGGACUGGAGGACAGAAUGGUGGGACCCCUGACACAGCGCCUCACCUGAGCGGAUGGGAAAGUCCAGCUGGUGAUGCUAAGAAGACCCACCGUGAGUGAUGUACCUGCAACUGGACUAAGAGCGCACACACACACACACACGAUGGAGAAAAGCAAUUGCAUUCCUUCAAGAACAUUAACUACAUCAGAAUUUGUGCUAUUAAAUCAUUUUAACUUGUGAAGAUGUCUGUGAUGGAUGAAUAUGUGCUCGAAAAUACAUAACUGAAUGGUGCUGUGCACUGAAAAAGGAGGAUACUGUGAUAUAUAGCAGCUCUGUCUCUUUUAGGAGGUUUGUUUGGAUUGAAUUCUUGAAGCUAGUAGAUAGCAAGACUUAACUCUCACACCAUAUCAUUGGACUGAAUACUGACAGGAAUAUUAGUCAAAAUGCAGGUCCCAGAUGUGCACAGUUAUUUGGUCUGUUUGUAGAAAUCAAACUGAUUUCGAUUACAUAAAAAAUGGACUUGAUUGUACAUAAAUAAGACAUUUAGUACCUCUGUGUCCGAAAGGUUACAGCUGUCUUUUUGCAGUGAAAAUAAUAAAUACAAUUUGUACCUAA